AUGUCCUUGUCUUUCUGGAGCUGGUCAAGGACGUGUGUGCAGCACGGCGUGUUCGGGCUUCCUGGAGUUGUCGAGGAGGGCGUCCCUCUUUUGCUUGAGCUCCCAGAUGAUGGCUUCGUGAGUGUCGGUUGUGGUGCUCAGUUGGGUGUAUUCAUCAGUAUGUGUGGCGAGCUACUCGUUGCGUUCCGUGAUAGCGAAUUGUCUUUAUCCAACGCCGCUGCGCUUUUUGACACAUCAGUCCCGAAUCAAAUUGCUUCUGCCAAGAAAUCUCCGUCUUGGGCUUCCUGGAAACAGGACAUUGAGACCGAGCGCCAAAACAGUAUCAGGAACGAAAUAGCUGAUGUCAUGCUACUGUCCUCCGUCCCAUCAACCGCUAAAACCAUUCACACUUAUACCAUGGCUAAUACGGCUAUUGUGGGUGUUACCUUUUCAUUGCUCUGUCCAGACCAUCAUCUUAACAUGUUUGCUGAUGCCCGGUACAGUAUAAAACUCAACCCAGCUCAACAUUGUCACCACAUUUCUGACUAA